UCCCAGGAGCUAAACGUAAUGGCACCGGAGAAGGCAGUGGUGCUGCUCGACGAGAGGGUGAGCCCGUUCGGGCAGCGGGUGAGGAUCGCGCUGGCGGAGAAAGGGGUGGAGCACGAGUACCAGGAGGAGGAUUUGGCCAACAAGAGCCCGCUACUGCUCAAAUCUAAUCCUGUUUACAAGAAGAUCCCUGUACUCAUCCAUGACGGCAAGCCCAUCUGUGAAUCUCUCAUCAUCGUUCAGUACAUCGACGAGGUGUGGGUCCGCGGCUCCCCGUUGCUCCCCUCCAACCCCUACGAACGGGCCAACGCCCGCUUCUGGGCGGACUUCGUCGACAAGAAGAUUUAUGACUCUGGGGCGAGGAUGCUGAAAUAUACGGGACAAGCCCAUGAGGAAGCAAAGGAGGAAUUCAUCGAGAGCUUGAAGCUUCUGGAAGGCGAACUCCAAGACGAGACCUACUUUGGAGGAGAGAACUUUGGUUUAGUUGACAUAGCCUUUGUUCCCUUCACGACUUGGUUCUACACUUUUGAGGUUUAUGGUAACUUCAGCAUUGAGAAAGAGUGCCCCAAGCUGGUGGCUUGGGGCAAAAGGUGCAUGGAGAGGGAGAGCGUGUCUAAAUCCCUUCAGGAUCCCCAUGUGGUCUAUGAGCUUCUGGCAUACUUGCUAAAGAAGAAGUAUGGGAAGGUGUAGAAAGGAUAAAUUAUGCAGAUCCCAAGGCUGAAUUUUAUGAAAAAGGACUACAGGUUUCAAGCAUGGUGUUUUCUCACUUGUAUCUAUAGGGCUGGUUUAAGCUAAUCUUGUUGUACCCAAAAAAAAUAAGAAGCUAAUCUUGAAAAUGUUAGAACUAUGGAGCAAUAAAACUUAUAUGAAGAUGAGUUGG